AAUCGGACGCGCAAUCUUAAGGUUUGCAUUCGGACGCACAACCGUUCGGCCAAGAAUUCACUUCUAGUUUACACUCCAUGACAAAUUAUUUUGCAGAAAAUACCAUACGCGAUAUUCAUCUUCUGAAGUGAACAAUCGAUUACUGGUGAAGCGCAAAUGCGAUGGAGCUGAGGAGGAGAAAUUGCACAGUGAUAAUGGCCUGAAAGAUGAGGCCUUUUCGCAUACAGAGUCUUGUAUAGAAGAAGAAAAGGAAAGGAGAAUUCCCAAUUCCAUCCUCAAAAUGGCAUCACUUUGGAUUCUUCAAUUUCAUCCCUUAUCUAUUCAGCCAUCGAUUUGGGUUUCAAAGCGCCGGGUUUCUCCGAAUUUUCUGCAACUUAGGAGAGAAUUUGAUUUGCCUCAUGGUCAAUUGAAGUGGAAUCGAUCAACAGCCAAUCCAUUUUUUCAAUUGAGAGCUAUAAGUAGUUUGGGGAGUUCUGAAGACGGGGGAGUUCCACAACAUGGGGUGGUCAAGAUUCCCUUGGAAUCCAAACACCCAAUUGCCAAAUUGCAAGGAAUGAUUUCCAUUUUCCCUCCCGUUGUUUUUCUGACAAGAAGAGGAGCUGGAAGUAAUUUUUUAAUCUGGUUGUGUGUUGCAACUGCAUUUUUGCUUAUUGUUGUGAGAGUGUAUGUGGUGAGGAAGUCAACGUACAACCGUCCUGGCUCUGUAGCUGAUCUUGUCAGACGUGGGCAACUAAGAUCUGAUAGAAGAGGCAUCUCAAGGCCUCUCAAAUAUGAUGAUCCAUUCAAUAAUCCAUUGGUGAAGGUUGGUAAGAGUAAUUCCACUGUAGAAAUGUGUGGGAAAGUUUAUAAGUUGGCCCCAGUUACGCUGACAGAAGAGCAACAAGCAAUCCAUCAGAAAAGGAGAUCCCGAGCAUACCAGUGGAAAAGGCCAACUAUAUUUCUUAAAGAAGGGGAUUCUAUACCUCCUGAUGUUGACCCUGAUACAGUCAGAUGGAUUCCCGCAAAUCAUCCCUUUGCAACUACUGCUAGUGACAUUGAUGAAGACCUGGCCCAAAAUAAUGUUUAUCAGAAACAUGGUGUUCCAUUCCGUAUUCAAGCGGAGCAUGAAGCACUACAGCGAAAGCUAGAAGCAUUACAACAAUUCUUCUGUCCAGUAAAUCUUAUUGUUCGUUUGCAGGAGCAAAAACUCAAUAAAUUGGUCAUUGAUACCGGCAAUGCUAAAGAUUUUGAAAGACUACUAAAGUUUAAUCCAAAGCCAAAUGAGCUUAUAGAACAGAGUCCAUUCAACAAUCAAGCAGGUGAUCCUAUGCCAUCAAAAUCAGAUUCUGCCGCAAAUUCCUUCAAGAGCAAUUCAUCCUCAGAGGAAAUUCAGAAACCAUAAAUUAGUUUUUGCAUUUGACAACAUUUACCCAGCUGUUAAAUAUCCAUAUUUUGUAUUGAACUUAGGAUUUUUGACAAUUAGAUGAGUGUGGAUGUUGAUAUUGUCUGUGGAAAUUAGAAUUUCAACCGAGCUCAGUCCAGUUGUAAGUAGUAAAACGUGAGGUUGGACAGUGAAUAUAAUGGCAGAUGUCCUAUUUAUUUUGGUUUGCAAA